AUGCCUGCACCGUCGUUCAGCUCAAGAAGCGGGUCGGCUCGCCAUGAUAUGUCGGUCAUUUUGGUAACAGGAUCCUAUGACCAUGAGGUUCGGUUCUGGGAGGCCUGGAGUGGUAUUUGCUCGCGAACCAUAUCGCGGUCCGGGGAAUCAGGACAAGUGAACAGAUUGGCAAUAUCUCCGGACAAACGACUGCUUGCUGCAGCAAUCCACAAGAAAGUACUCAUUUACGAAAUCGCCAGUACGUCCUCCUCACCGAUUCUCACAUUCGAAGGGCAUACUGGGAACGUGACAUCGGUGUCCUUUCACAGCGAAGGAAAAUGGCUCGUCACAGGCAGCGAAGAUGGAACUAUUAAAAUCUGGGACCUCCGAAGCUCCCAACUGCAUCGAACAUACGACAACUCGGCCGCCGUUAACGACGUAUGUGUGCAUCCCAAUCAGGGGGAGCUCAUUUCGUGUGAUCAAGCCGGCAGUAUCAAACAAUGGGACCUGUCUGAGAAUCUCUGCUCCCAUGAACUGACGCCCGCAGGAGAUAUUCCAAUUCGAUCGGUCAGUCUCGCUUCCGACGGGUCCUUCUUAGUGGCCGGCAACAACAAGGGGAAUUGUUUCGUUUGGAAAGUCAACGAUGAGCUGUCAGGUCUUCCGCGUUUCCAAGCCGUUACGAAAUUUCACGCACACAACAAGUACCUCACGCGCUGCCUCCUUAGCCCAGAUGCAAAGCACUUGGCCACAUGUUCCGCGGACACGACGGUGAAGGUUUGGUCGAUCUCACACAACUAUGAAUUCAAGCAUGAGAAGACUCUCAUUGGACACCAACGCUGGGUUUGGGACUGCGCGUUUAGUGCUGAUUCUGCUUACCUUGUAACAGCAUCUUCCGAUCACACAGCACGACUUUGGGAGAUGGCAUCUGGCGAAACCGUUCGACAGUACAAUGGACACCAUAAAGCGGCUGUAUGUUGUGCCCUCCACGAUGGUGCUGGAUGA